AUGGAGGCUCCCAUCUCCAAAGAACUGAAGUGCUUUAUAUGGGGGGGGGGGGGAGUAUGUAUUGAUGUGUAUUGGAUUUCUCUGAAAUGUGUUUUACUUUGUUUUAGAUGUGGAAAUGUAAACUUUGCAAGAAGAACCAGUUGUAACCGGUGUGGUCGAGAAAAAACGACCGAAGCUAAGAUGAUGAAAGCUGGUGGGACUGAAAUAGGAAAGACCCUCGCUGAGAAGAGCCGGGGCCUCUUUAGUGCUAAUGACUGGCAAUGCAAAACUUGCAGUAAUGUGAAUUGGGCCAGGAGAUCCGAGUGCAACAUGUGCAACACUCCCAAGUAUGCUAAGCUGGAGGAAAGGACGGGCUAUGGUGGAGGUUUUAAUGAAAGAGAAAAUGUGGAGUACAUUGAACGAGAAGAAUCUGAUGGAGAAUAUGACGAGUUUGGUCGGAAAAAGAAAAAAUAUAGAGGGAAAGCAGUUGGACCCGCCUCUAUCUUAAAGGAAGUUGAAGAUAAAGAAUCAGAGGGAGAAGAAGAGGAUGAGGAUGAAGAUCUAUCCAAAUAUAAAUUGGAUGAGGAUGAGGAUGAAGAUGAUGCAGAUCUCUCAAAAUAUAACCUUGAUGCCAGUGAAGAGGAAGAUGGCAACAAAAAGAAAUCUCACAGAAGAAGUCGCUCUAAGUCUCGGUCUUCCCACUCCCGAUCUUCCUCACGCUCAUCCUCCCACUCAAGCUCAAGGUCUAGGUCCAGGUCCCGCUCAGGAAGCUCCUCCAGUUCCCGGUCAAGGUCUCGGUCCAGUUCCAGAGAACUCUCGAGAUCUCGUGGGUCGAAAUCCAGAUCCAGCUCCAGGUCCCACAGGGGGUCUUCCUCCCCACGAAAAAGAUCUUAUUCAAGUUCCUCAUCAUCUCCCGAGAGAGGCAGAAAACGAAGCCGUUCUAGAUCUUCUUCACCCGGUGAUCGCAAAAAAAGACGCACCAGAUCACGGUCACCCGAAAGGCGCCGCAGGUCAUCAUCCGGAUCGUCCCAUUCGGGUUCCCGUUCAAGCUCUAAAAAGAAAUAAUGUAUUAAAAUUUACACCUAAAAAACCCCAGUGCAGUGCAUGGAGCCUAUUUUUAAGAAGUCUGGUGUCUUACUUGGUCAGAAGUGCUCAAUCUGCUAGUAGAGGUGCAUGUCCGUCGUCGCUUUCUGGAAAACUACAGCUGUGUUCAUUCUUGAAAUUAAAAGUAAUUAGCAUUUUAAGCCAUAAUAUCCCCCCAAUAGUUCUGUGUUUAUCGUUCUAUUAUUUAAAACUCUAUGUUUUCUCUAUCUCGUUUGCCAGAGAGCUUUGUUUUCUAGUUUGACGUUGUUCUCCAUUUCCAAAUAUUUCCUGAUGGUAAAGAAUCUGCCGACCUUAGGGUUGGAGUCAACACAAGUAGCCGAGGCUUCCCGAGCUUGGGGCGUGCCGCCAGUGACUGUGGGGACUAGGUGGAAGCGGGGCCUCCCCCCGGGAGGCCCCCGAGCCUUCCCGUAGUCACCCUUGGCAAAGGGACACUCAGUUUAGGAUUGUGCUCAACAACAAUCAAUUGUAGAGAUCCAUGAGAAGCACGCCAUGGUGGCCGGAGAUCAUCACUGGGGCUUUGGCUUUUUCCCUUUUUAUUUUUCCUCAACACCGCACCCUAAGACAAUGUACAGGCCCUGUUCUAAGUUACCAGAGGAGAUGGCUUCUUUCUCCCCAAGUUAAUUCAGGGGGUUCGGUCCGCCAAGCGUUUAUCCCUUCUGUGUUCCUAUCUUGGGCACAGUUAUUGAAGAAGCCAAACUUCCUUAUGUGGCUUUUGGCCAAGUUUCCGAUACGGAUUUAUAGUGGUGAAUGUAAGCUUGUUAUUUUUUUUUUGUUGUUGUUAUUGUUUUUUGUUAUUUUCGUUUUUGUUUUUUUAAAGAGCUUGGAUGUGACAUGUUCCUGAAAACCCAUAUAUCAUGGGCUAAACAGGGCUAAGAAUCUGAGACUCCUUAAGGAAGAGGAAAAUGAGAAACUACCUGGGAAAUAGAACUUCUCUUAUGUGAAAAAGAGUAUACAUUGUAAGGCUAGCCAGCCCUUCUGAUGUCCGUGCACUCAGGUGGGGAGGAGCCGUGGGCUCUGAUGUAUUUGCUUAUUCUGAAACACCGCAUGAAAUUUCCUUCUGAAGUAGAAACGAAUGUUCCUCCGUGAUGUAACAGGAGAUUUGUCAUUGUCCCCAUUCACUCGAAAUGACUUAUGGCUUAAAAUGCUUUCAGGAGUUUGUUUGAUUUCUGUAUCAAAAUCUGGUCUCUGGAACUCCGUUGAGUCUGCCUUCUGGUUUAAAAAGGGGGAGGGGGGUUUCUCUUAACAGUUUCUUCGGUGGCCUUGCAAGGUAAGUAUGGAAGGAAAUGAACAAUUGAGUUUGGUGCCUUUGUGUCAUUAAGAAAAGCUAAAGCAACAGUUUGGUCAUUUCAGUGAGGGAACUUAAAAGUACUGAACGUAAAUAAUAAAUUAACAAAUGGAGGCAACCAGAGCAAAAUUAUAUUCUUCAUUUCAAAAUAAAAGAAACUUACUUUAAUUUUCUCUUGGACUGAUCUAAAAAUGAAAGCAAAAUGUUUUAGGUAGAAAUAUUUUGAUAAUCUUUUUUGCAAAGAAUUGAACUUCCCACAGUUUCAUUCAUUCACAUCGACAAACACACACGCAAACCCACACGCAUACAUGCAUACGUACAUGUAUAUACACACUUUUCUUUGCUAAAUGUAGUUGUAGGUUGCACAAGAACAUUAGUCUCUUGUAAUUGUGCCUCUGACUUCUUGAAAGUCUUACCUUCUAAAUUGUGAAGAUCAAAUGAUCUCCCAGAAGCUACAUGUUACCAUUGGUUUUUCCUUGUGUUUUGUAUACUUCUCUUUUGCUGUACUUAGCAAUGGCAAGUUUAAGAAUUUAGCAAAUGGUAGAUUACAGAGAAUUCUGAUGAUUAUGAUUUUCUUUAGUUUCACUAAACUGUACUAGUUUGUUUCAUUAAGAAAUGAUGCUGUAGACAAAUGUAAAUAAAGCUUGUGAAUCAA